AUGGUGAAAAUGAAGAAAGAAAUCAUUUUCCUUCUUAUCAUUGCUUUUUCAUCCUGUACAAAGGCAACAAUUCCAGGAAUUACGGUAGUAACAACCUUUUUCACAUUAACUCAGACAGUAGCAGCAAGAACAGUUUCUUCUUCAACAACAAUGACAGCAUUGUCAACCGAAAAUAAGAAAAAAUCACCUUCUCAACUACUUCUCACACAAAAGCAACUUGUCGAACAAAUAGAAAAUGAACAGUCUCUUCUCCAGGAACUUCUAAAAAAACAAAACCCUGCACCUCACCAACAACUUCAACAGCUACUCGAACAACUACAACAAAACCAUUCGCACUUUGAGGAGCGUCUUCAACGGCAGCAGGAAUUUAGUAAGAAACUUGAACAUCAGUAUGGCUGUGAAAAUAUACAACAACUUCUUCAUAAACAGCAGAUUAUCCUUCAACAACUUCAAUAUCAUCAACCAUUUCUGAACCAACUUCAACACCAGCAGCGUGUUAUUCUUCAGAAACUUCUUCAACGACAACAAACUGUCCAAUCUUUACUGUAA